UGGGAGCUGCAGUCCGAGGCUGCGCGACUCUCCCCGGCGGUGGCAACGACAGUUAUGAGAAGGGUCAACAGCAGCCUCAGUGGGGAUGAUCUCCUCCUGGAGGACCUGGAGACGGAAGGAGAGCGGCAGCUCAAGAGCCUCCUUCAUCACCAGCUGGACACGUCCGUCUCCAUCGAGCAGUGCGUCUCCAAGCGCCGCCGCUUUGCACCUGCAGCAGUUUACAAGCCCUUUGGAGAGGAAGCUGCCGGGACCCGCACCUUGCCUCAGUUCCAGGCCCUGCAGGAGAGCAGCAAAGAGGCAGCCUCUCUGCGGGAGCUGGGCCUCUCCGACGCCGAGAUCCACCUCUGGAGGAAUCGGGCUGCGGCAGAGAAGAGCUCUGGGCUGGGGGCAGCCCCUGAAGCCCUGCAGGACAGGAUAGAGGCCAUCCAGGCAAAGAUUGCUGAGCGCCAGCAGAUCCUCUCCUUGCCCCAGCGGUUUGCUGGCAGCAAGCAACUGAGCCGGCGUGAGAUGGAGAUUGAGAAGGCCCUCUUCCAGGGCACAGACCGCCACUCCUUCCUCCGGGUGCUCUAUCACCAAGAUGAGGCAAAGCAGAAGGCCGGCCACGAGAAGGACCCCAUGGCUCACUUGGAGGCGGUUUAUCAAGAAAUGCUCCACCCAGAGGUGCAAGGCUUCUGCCAGCCAGCCUCCCACAGCACGCCGGGCCCCUCUUCCUCUGUGGCCCCCAGCACCCCCACAGCAGACCAGAGCCCACCCCAGCCCCCUCCUUCAGGAUCUCUGACGGUGACGGAGCCAGUGGGGUUUAUCCCGGAAGAGGAGAUUCAAAGGAACCGUCUCUCGGAGGGGGAAAUCCGCCAGCUCCCCAGGUUUUCUUCCUAUCACCCAGGACAGCCAAGUGAGGUGCUGUACUUGAAGAACCUCAGCCCUCGUGUGACGGUGAAGGACCUGGUGUCCUUGUUUGCCAGGUACCAGGAAGAAGAUGGCCCCCAGGUCCAGUUCCGGUUGCUGAGCGGGCGCAUGAGAGGGCAGGCCUUCCUCACCUUCCCCAACCUGCUGCCGCCUUGUGGAGACCAUGGCUGCAUCAGAAGAGCCCUGCCAGGGAUGGAGAGGACAAAAGGCCCAGCAAGGAGCUCGCGCCCUUCCGGCACCCUGUCAGACUCUGCUGGCCUCGAUCCAGGGCCUUUGACUACCUCUACGCUGAGGGCAAGGAGCUGCUGGAGAACUUCCCUGUGCAGGCGACCAUCAACCUCUACGAGGACUCUGAGGAGUCAGCCAGUGACUGGGAGGAGGAGGAGGAGGAGGAACCAGAGCAGAGGGCUGGAGCAACCCCUUUGCCUCCGGGGGUUAGUCAGGUUCCCCUCCAUGAAGAACCAGGCCCCAUCAGACUCAACAACACUGUCUGAAGUGACCUCGUCCCACUGGGCAAUACUAUGACCACAGCAGCCCCCUUCGCUGCUCACCCAUUGGCUGAGCACUUCUGGGGCAUCUUGUGCCCAAAGAAGCAUCUUUGGCUGGUCUCCUGCAGGAGGAGGGAGGCACCUCAGGCACAAACAUCAGGGCAGGCAGAUGAUCCUCAAGCAAAGAAGUGGGGCGAUGGGGCAACCCCUCCGGCUUGUGUCUUGAAGAAGAGAACCCGGCUAAGGGGUCUGCCCCUCUCCUGAGUCAGCACCAGCUGCAAGGAGUUGACCCAACCUCUGUGGCCAGGCCGAAGCAGAUCUCCCUUCUGUGGAGGAGGAGGAGGAGGAGGAGGAGGAGGAGGAGGAGGAGCAGGAGGAGCAGGAGGAGCAGUUGGGUGGUUUCCAGAUUAAACCCUGCAACGGGGUAAAAUGCUUCAGCUCGGCAGGAUCUUACUGAAAAUGAUCCCCAGAAUCUCAAACUCCUGCCACUGGAAAACACAGCUACUUGUUUUUGAUGCACAUGCAAUGUUGUAGCACUAUCUGCUGUCAGUGCAGGGACUGUGGAGUCACAACACAGGCAGUGCGGAAAGCGGAAGCACCCUGAGCAGAUCCAUAGUGACACUGUUGUAGUGUUUAAUCUGGAAAGCGCCCCGGAGGAAGAGAGAGGGCUGCCCCCCUCUCCAGCCAGUGGUUUCUCUGAGUAUAGGCGCUGUGUGCUUUUACAGUUGUGCCUCUACAACCUGUUAGAAGUAAACCCCAACCACAGUCGAGCAUGUAGGGUGAGCUUUUAUAAAAGGAGAGGAGGGCCCCCAAACCCUCCUCCCCACCUAAAAAAAGCCCUUGCCUGCAAAGUGGUGAAUCUGCCCAGAGGGUACCCCCCCACACACACACCCUGCAACCCAUCAAGACAGAUGUGGUCAAAAAUGCGGCAAUGGUUCCAUCUGGUGGCAAGUAAUGACAUGUCACCAUCCCCUAAAAACUCUGUGAUGGGCUUGUAAGUGGUUGCCCAGUUAAUUGAUGCAUUUACAGUACAGCCAUAUCCCCUGAUGGACCAGGACACCAUUUGAAGCUAAGCAGGUCUUGGUCCAGUCAAUAUCUGGAUGGGUGGCUGCCUCAUAGACUGACCUGAUCCCUCCCUCGUGGGCACUGUCUUUAGUUCCGCCAGAGAAGAAAGGUGGGAAGAAAUAAAAUAAAAUGUCUUCAUCAUCAGGAUCUGCUUCACCUUGCAUAUCUGUCUCUCCCUUCUUGGCCUGCACCUGCCACAUCCAGCCCCUGCACUGUCUGCUCCAUGCCUCUGGCCGGGUGGGCUCUUGCCUGUGGAAGCCUAUGGCACAAUAAAUCUCUCUUUAAGGUGUCAGAGGACUCCGUUGAUUUAACCUACUUAGACACAUUUCCCGUCUGGUCUAUUCUAUCCACAAAUAUAUUGCUUUGCCUUGAAGAAGAAGGAAGCAGCAGUUAAAAUGUGAAACUGGGAUCUAGGAGGAACCGUUAAGUCCUGGUGUUUAACCUUUGCAAUUUUAACAUUUAACAUUUGCAAACACUCAACUUCAUUUGUAGACUCAGCCCCUGCAGCUCUCCCUCACGAACGGCCAGCCUGCAGGCAGCACAGCUCUUGUUCACGUUGGGGCGGAAUGGGAGAGAGAGGAACAACUGGAGGUAACGGUGUCUCGUCUCCCGCCGUCCAACUCAUUCAGACAAGCUGAUACGGAGGUAGAUCCUAAAAAUGUUCUGAGUUGUUGACUGCAGUAAUCUAGCUCAGUAUUGUCUACUCUUGAGUGGUAGCAGCUCACCCGGUCCCUGGAAGAGAGAGGCCUUCCAGCAGUGUUCCCUCCAACAGGGAUUCUCAGAUGUUGCAGGCUACAACUCCCAGAAUCCCAGCUGCAAUGGCUUUUGCUUGGGGAAUAUGGGAGUUGUAGUCUAUCAAUGGCUACUAGUCUGUGGCUGUGGGCCACCUCCAGCCUCAGAGGCACGAUGCCUCUCAAUACCAGUUGCAGGGGAGCAACAGCAGGAGAGAGGGCAUGCACAUAUCUCUUGCCUGUGGGCUUCUCAGAGGCAUCUGGUGGGCCACUUUGGGAAACAGGAUGCUGGACUAGAUGGGCCUUGUGCCUGAUCCAGUAGGUCUGUUCUUAUGCUCUUAACACCUGGGAAUCCCUGUUAGCAGAGGGAACACUGCCUUGCUAAUCUCUGUUAGAGGGAACACUGCCUUGCUUUGUUAACCUGGGACAUUCUCCUGCCAAGAAUUCAGGGCCUUUAACUGGAUAUGUGGCCAGGAACCAAACCUGUGAACUUGUGCAUGCAAAGCAGUGGAGAACUGUGGCUUCUCCUGCAGGAGCAUAGAAUUUACAUCUAUGUGUAUUAUUAUUAUUAUUACAUUUUAUAUCCCGCUCUUCCUCCAAGGAGCCCAGAGGGGUGUACUACAUACUUAAGUUUCUCCUCACAACAACCCCGGGAAGUAGGUUAGGCUGAGAGAGAACUGACUGGCCCAGAGCCACCCAGCAAGUAUCAUGGCUGAAUGGGGAUUAGAACUCGGGUCUCCCUGGUUCCAGUCCAGCACUCUAACCACUACACCAUGCUAGCUCUAUCCAAGAUAGUGCACAUAUAGCAACAAACUAUAUAUUCCUUUACUGCUAGAACCCCACCUUCUGCAAACAAGCUAUUCUCCGUUUAUAGCCCUCCAUGGUAUUCCUGGAUUUAGCCUGCUUCCCCAAGAGCCUCUCCCCUUGCUGCCUGACCUGCCGCUUUCCAGAAAUGUUCAAAUUCUGAAUACAUGUGCGCCAAAUGAAGGGUUCAAAAUAAAGCAAUGCAAUUUGCUUAA